AUGUCUGAAGGAAACGCACCUCAAAAACUUACUAUAGACGGCGUGACAUUACGCCCAGGAACCGUCGAAGAUGUCCCCGCCAUGCUAAGACUCAUGGACAUCGCAACAGCCUGGCUCGUAAAGAAAGGCCAAACCGGACAAUGGGGCACCAAGAGACACUCAACCAACCCCGCCAGGAUCAAGCAGGCAACCGAGCUCGCCGAGUCAGGCGGGACGUGGAUCGCCGUAGAUGCCAACUACUCGCCCCCGAAACCAGGCGACGGAGCAGAAAACGAGGAGCUUUCCGUCAUCAACGGCGUCGUCGGCGCCAUAACCGUCGGCCAAGCGAAUCACUACGUUCAGCCAGCGGCCGAGCCCGAGCUGUACGUCAGAUAUCUCGCGUCAGAUCGGGCGUCCAGCGGCAAGGGAAUCGGCACGCUUCUGCUGGAGAAGGCGCGCGCACUGGCUCGCGAGGCUGGCGUGUCCUUGCUUCGACUCGAUUGCUAUGCUGGUGGCAGUGGGGGAUUAGUUCGUUACUAUGAGUCACAAGGCUUCAAGCGGAUGGAGACUUUCGACGCCAAUGGAUGGCCAGGGCAAGUCCUCAUACAGAGACUAGACAAAGACGGAGGAGAAGAGAGCUAA